UAUAUUUCGGAACACGAUCUAUCAAAAUAAAGCCUGUUGCAUAAAAAAAAAGAUUUCAUUUUAGAUGGGUUUCGGAACGCAGAUGUAAUGAAACGUGUCACGAAUGCGUUCCGAAACUCGUUAAAAAAAGAAACCGCUGUUUUUGUGCCGCGCGCGAAUUGUCAUCACGAUUCUGUCAAGAGAAACCGUGAAGGGUAGACACGCGGAAGAAAUGGGUCGGACGAUUUAUGCCGAGGAGCAUCUUCGCACGUAUUUAUCGUCUUUGGCGAAGCCAGAUGGUUACGUGAUAGGAUUGAUUUUAGGACAGAGUGCUGGACAAAAGGACUAUGUCGUGCAUUUAGCGAAAACACCACCUCCUCUCACUAAGAAUGUCGUAGAAGAGACGUUAAUUAGCUCUACAGCGCCUGCAGAACAGGAUGCAGCAAAUACAUAUAUCAAAUCUGUCAAAGAUAUACCUAUGAGUUGGGUUGCGGAUCAUGCUAAACAUGUUACAAGAAUGCUGCCUGGUGGAAUGUGGGUGCUUGGCAUAUUCAUUGUUGGACCUGAAGAUGCUUUAGAUAAUACUAGCAAUGUACAAAAGCUCAAGUCGGUUCUUGGCGCAAUUCACAAAACUUUGUCAUGGAAUAAUAAGUAUCUCUGUGGGAAUAAUCAGGAUGAGAAGCUUAUAUUGAGUUUUAAUAGUGUCACACAAAAACAUAUUUGCAAAUCGAUAGACAUUACUAAGGACAGUAUGUUAAAACCAGCGGAUUGGAAGUUCCAAGAAAAAGCAACCAAGUGGCAUCAACUUGAAGCCCUGGUAGAUUUCGACAGAUUGUAUCUCAUUGCAGCAGACAAGGAUCCUGAAACUCUCAAGAAGCAAUUGCAGAAUAUUUUGACAAACGUGGCAGAUUUAAUCGAAUCUUCGCUCAUCGUUAUCGAGGGAGAAGUCAAAUCUCCGGAUGACACACUAGAACCACUUGGCAAGAAAAAGAAGAACAGCAAAGAGAGUAAAAAUAAGACAAACGAUAGCAAUAAUUUAUUUCAAGUUAGCUUGUAUAUUCCCUGCUCGCAAGGUGACAGCGAUAUGAAUAUAAGAACAACGUCGUGCAGCGCAUCGAUACGACUAAUUGGACAAUUGGUCAGUAGAACGUUUGUACAUCACAGAGCCAGUGUUGCAGAGGCCAACACGGCUGUAAAGGAAGAUAUAGUCAGAUCUCUAGCAAGUAGAUUAGAAAUGCAUUGGGAUAGUUUGAUAGAGGAAGAAAAUGGUUCUCCUGAAGAGAAUAUUACAUUGCAUGAACCACCGAGACGAGUGUUAAUAGCAUUACCGGAGAACAAAGUUACCUUAUCGGAUUAUUUGUUUCCUGGCGAAGGACCGCAGGAGGCAUUAUUGUCAUUGCAGGAACUUCUGGAUCUCGAAGUACAAGAGAGUCAGGUACAAAAAGAGGUCGAAUUGCAAGCUGAUCCUGUAGAAUUCUACUGCCAAAACGACGUCAAUACUAAACCGUUGGACAAUAAUACCGAUACAACUGGAAAUUAUCAAAUAGCUGUUUAUCUUACCGGUUUGAGUGUAGCGUUUAUUAUACUGUUGAUAGCUGUUGUCGUGCACCAGCUUAUGGUUUAAUGUAUACGUUUUAUUCGCAGUGAAAUAGCAAUUUGUUUAUAUGUCAUGUAAUAUAUAACGUCUAUUUUAAAAUAUAAUAUGUAUUUUGAAAGCAUGUAAAUUCUGAUGUAAAAAAUUUAAAUUAUUUAAUAUACACAUUUUGAAAGUUA